UAUCACUUUAUGAGGGUGAUGGAGUGCUUGCAGGGGUAUGGGGACGCCUUUGACGUUCGGAAAGCCUUGGCAGGAAGUACCGAAAAUGGGUCAUCACACCCAGUAAUUAAAAGAGGUUGAAUGGAUUGAUAGCAUUUAUCACUGAACUCAGCACUGGCAAGAUUGCAAUGUAGUGCGGUCAUUGCGGGAGAGAGUUGAAGAGGGUGGAGUUAAAAGAUCUCAAUCAAUCAUGCUGCUGUAACUAUUUUUAGGAGAGGUUAAGAGUGUACACAGUUACGGGGGUGGAAUGACUAGAUCUCGGAAGCUCAAUUUGUGAUUUGUCUGAUAGGAAGAGAGAGUGAGAGAGUGAUUGAGAUUUCAAGGAGGUGGUUGGAGCCGAGUAAGAAGUGGUUCUGGAGUGUGAUAUUCUAACCAGCUCCUUACUGAGCAAGCGACUUAUCCCUGACACCAUCACCAUUUUCUUUCGAGUGGCUUUUAUCGCCUUCUUGCUGCGGAUGCGUUGGAACUUUCUAUUUCUUGCCGCGUUCUAACAUUGGUCUCCCACAUUCCGCCUUUGUGCACUCUCCUGGCUCAGCAGGUAUCUUUCACUCGUCUAUGUCGUCUACCUUUUGCCUCUUUUCUGCAACCUUGUUGCUUCGAACAGGAGGACAUCGCUCUUAUUGGGGUACAUUUUAGCAUAGUUUUGUUCUGAUGCUGUGCAAUUCACAUUGUCUGCACCUUCUAUCCAGUGCUUUUUGCAACGUCUACCUCCUCAUACUUCAGGAUCUACUUGGGUGAAGUUAGUACCGGCAGUUUGAAUAGUUGGGCCUUGACGUUUAUGGAUAGAUGUGAGAACACAAUAGUUGGAAGAUUAGACUCUGAGCUGAGGGUUGGGUUUUUGAAUCGUUUGCGAGUUUAGAUGUAGUCGCGGUGCGCCCUGGGCAUUUCCUCCAGGUUAUGAUUUCACUUCAACCUAGCACCGAGAAGAGUGUUACUCAUUUAGACAAGGGUGGCUGCACAGUGUGCUUGUUUUUACUACCGCGGCGUGUUAUCUUGAUUCUCUUGCGAAUCAAGACGGGGGCCUUUAAGUAUCAGCGUGCGAAAGUAACCUGUAGAAUAUGCGCUCGGCAAUUGUUCACUAUUUGCUGACUACUCUCCCUUUCCCUAUCCCUCACGCACAGCACCCGAUGGUUGGCCAUAGGAGACAAAUUCUUGAAACAAGAAUGAGCCCUCGCUCUUAGAUAUAUGGUUGCAGCUGCUGUGACCAGCUCUUCCAAGCGACUUCGAUCACACAUGCUGGCUUAGGUGGAUCUUCGGAGCUAGAUUUUGCAGCCUAUUAACCCUGAAUGGCCUUAAGCGCAAGCAGCAUCGGGUUGAAUUACCCAUGAGCUCUCUUUCCUCGCUGCACUUCACAGGUCUUCUGAACAUUCGCCUGUUUCAAAAAAACUAAGUGUCUACGCUGACAUCCUAUAAGUUUGCGAAGGUUUUGGGCCACACAGUGAAAGUCGCACAAUGUGCGUUUUAUAAUUGGGAAUGGGGCUUCAUUAGUCGUUUCCGAACCAAGCUUUGAAGAUCAUAAGGCUUGAGAGAUGGCUCCUUCAGUAAUGGAUUCUAGAUUUUACCUGAGAAUGGCUAGUUUCAACUUCAGUCUGGAUCCUCUUCAGCGCUUCACGUUUAACACCCUUUCUCCACGUAAGGUCGAUAUCUCCGAGCCAAUGCUAGAGUCACGGGUGAUUGACACGUUUGAGAUGGCUUCUCCAAGCUACUUGGAAGUGGAAGUCAAUGGAGAGAGGACAUUUGUACUUGAUAAGACACCGCUGAUUGAGCACUGCGAGCAUUUUAGGAAGUUCGCAGAGGAGACGAUUGAAGUUGACGUAUAUCCGUUGUCGCCGCCUAGGUCCAAUCGCAAGCAACUUACACUUAAAAUUGAUGACUUGCCUGGGGGAGCUGAUGCGUUUGAACUGGUGGCUAAGUUUUGUUACGACGAUGCAAGCUUUAGUAUCACCUCCACCAAUGUUGCCAUGCUGCGGUGCGCUGCUGAGUACUUGGGUAUGACCGAGGCCAUGUCGAAGGGUAACUUGAUCCGAAAGACUGAAGAAUAUCUUAGGACAAUGGUGUUCUGGAGCUGGGAGGAGUCGCUUACGGUUCUUCGGGCAUGUGAGGAAUUCAACCAAGCUGCAGAGAAGGCACACAUUAUCCAGCGAUGUGCGAGUGCGCUGUCCGACAAAACCUCGCCAUCGGCUUCUUUCGCCGUCGAUCUCUCUAAUAGUCCUCUACAUCCAGCUACUGAUGCCUACUUGGCUUCUUACUUCGUGUCAACUCCUAGCGGCAACAGCUCUCACAGGUCUUCCAAGGCCUUGUGCGAAACUUGGUGGUUUGACGAUCUUUCCACACUCUCUGUGCACCUCAUGGAACCUGUCGUGCGAUACAUGAUCAUUCACAGGGCAGCGGAUAGCCGGGUGAUAGCCAAAUUUCUCCUUCAUUACCUCCGAUCUGCGUUACCAGUGCUUGGUUACAGCGCUGCAUCCUUGUCCCCCAUGAAGCUUCAUGACGAGGGCGACGACGAUAACUCUUUCAAUCAAGUUGAAAGGAUCCAACGUGAGGUAGUCGAAGUUGUUGUGAAUCUGCUGGCAAAUCUCGACAGGAAAUCUGUAUCUUGCAGGUCUUUGCUUGGUCUCCGGAGAAUAGCUGUUGCUCUUAGAGCAGGAAAGCAUUGCAGGAGAGACCUUGAGCGCAUGAUCGGCAGGCAGUUGGAAAAGGCAACUCUUGAUAACAUUUUGAUUCCUGCCCUUCCUCCACGCAGUUCCUCGUUGUAUGACGUUGAUCUAGUUCUUCGCCUAGUCGAGUUUUUUCUCAAGGAGAAGGCUGAAGCUUUGCUGCUCACCUCGAAGUUCAACAGAUCUGAGAGUAGCGAAUCUUUGUAUUCGGCGAGAUCAGACAGCAAGUUCUCUUCGUUGUCGAGGACAAACAGUAGGACAUCAGUGCCGGGAAUCGCUAUGAGUCCAGAGAUUAGCACGCCGGUGCAAGUGUCGUUGCUUAAAGUUGGAGAGCUGAUGGACAAGUACUUGGCUGAGAUUGCAGCGGACACCUACUUGAAGCCGUCAAAGUUCCUUGCGCUUGCCGAGUCACUACCGGACUACGCUCGGCAGUCCGAUGAUGGACUCUACAGAGCAGUUGACAUUUACCUCGAAGCACAUCCAUUUGUAAGCGAGACGGAUGCCACAAGGCUCUUUAAGGUGCUGAACUAUCACAAACUUGGCCCCGAGACGUCCAAGGCCGCGUCUCAGAAUCCAAGAUUUCCUGCAAGUUUUGCGAUUCAGGUGGCUCUCGUUCAGCACAACCAGCUCAAGUCAACGAGUGAAGGCUCGUUCCGCAGUGACAGAUCCAGUUCCCCGUUCAAGAAUGCUUCAUCAAGAGCCGGCCAGCAAACAGUAGUCCACCUUCAGUGCUCUUCAUUUGAGUUUACCCUUCGACAGGAGAAGAAGAAAAAUGUCAAGAAAGUGCAGGCAUUAAGGCCUGAGAUUCAUAACUCUUGCAAGCGCUCACGAGUGGACAUGUCCAGCGGACUUCAACGACUAAUGCAGCUGUUUCACUCCAAGUCAAGGCAACAUUAGGAUCCUGCUGCGUGCAGGUUUUUUUUUCCCACUUCGGAGUACAACUCUGUAAACAAACAUCCCGCAUUUUGUAUAUACUGAAAGAGCAAGAUCAUGUAACCUAAUCUUCGGCAUGGCUAGUCAAAUUCGACGUAUUGGUGGUCUGCACCGUGAGGCUUCGUAUGGAAAAGCUCAUUCUAUGAUCCCAGCCCAGCAGAAACGCGACUUUCUUUGCUGUUGCGGGUUCCUCCUUUCACUUCACCGACUUUACAAGCGCUUCAUGAGCAUUCGUCUUAAUAGACUGGGGUAUCCAACUGGAGGCCUCGAUUCAACGAGGGAUGAACAUGCACGAUGACUGGUUAAUCUUCUGUAACAUUAUGACACACAAGUGUCCAUGCUUGGCUGAACGGUUCUCCGUAAUCUCAAGAAACCACAGUGUUUUCAUACUCACCAGACUAUAGUAUCAGGUUCUACGUUCCAUCCAUGUAUUACUAGCUCUUGAAAUCGAAACUUUCCGUGCCUCCUUUUGGUAAUCUUCAGUGGUGGCUUUGGCCAUCCCCACUAUUUUCUGUUCGUAGUGACCGCUUGUUUGGAAAUCGAAGACUAGGUGCUAUUCACUUGACUGAUAUGGGUACUUGGUCCUUUGUCUUCAAGGUUGUCUUAGAAGCAAUUUGAUUCACUUGAGUGAGUGCCGUUCUCAUCUGUUUUCAUA